CUCUCUGGACAGGGAAAAGUAAAGAGAGAAUAAAUAAGAUUAAUGUCUCAUUAUUGUCAUCAAAAAGCCAUUAACACGAAUGAUCUAUAUCUAUAUCAUUUUUUAAAGAAUUAAUUUAAUAUAACCAUUGUUGAGAUUGUCCACGAGACGCGAGUUUGAUGCUCUUUGCAACAUGACACGAGCAUCGGGCAUCAGUGGCAAUUGGCAGGUACUCUCACAAGUUAUCUGACAAAUUUCAUCAAAUACCGAAUAUGGCCGAUCAAAAACCAGACACUGAGUUAGAUUGGGUGAAAAUACGAGAAGAAUUUAACAGCGAUUUUGUUGUCGAGACGAUAUUCGAUAAAGCGAAACGUAAAACACGAGAGAAUCCACUUGUACCUAUAGGAUGUUUUGCAACUACAGCAGCACUUACUGCUGGACUUAUUAGUUUUAUAAGAGGAAAGUCACAGAUGCAACAAUAUAUGAUGCGGGCGCGUGUUGGUGCUCAAGCAUUUACCAUCAUUUCUAUAGUUGCAGGAUUUAUUUUGCUACCUAAAUCAAAUUAAAAUAUAAUACUAAUUUGUACAAAUGCUGUUGUAGUAUAUGAAAUACUCCUGCAAUUGUCAUAUUAGAUUUAUGUAUCUAAUAUGAAUAUUAUAUUUUUUCCCAAGAAAUACCUAUAAGUUAGCAAGUACAACAUGGAUAAAGAAAAUAUAUUUAUCAUAUCU